GAGUGCUCCUCAAAAUAAUAGUUAGAAUCAAAUUAUUAAUAAAUAAUUUAAAUUUAAAUUAUAUGAAAUAAAACAACAGACAAGUGGCCCGCACCCCCUCUUGCUAUUUUUACUAAGAAUAUUAAUAAAACAGUGAAAUAAAUAUGGACGGCAAGUUUAUGAACAGUCUUGAAGAUUUAGAGCAGCUAUUCAAUUCACGCAUGGCUGAAUAUGAAGAGAAGCUGACCAAGGCUUCAACAGGAUCUGGCUCCAUGGCUGUCAAUGUAUCUUCAAUCAGCAGUGAGUUUAGUAAUUUUAAGAUGUUCGUCUGGCAGGCUUUAUCAAAAUUAAAAACUCAGAUUGAGUUGCUUGGCGUCGGUUUUGACAGACACGAAACCUUCAUGCGAAGAAAAGUGUUACUACUUCAUGGUGUUCCUGAAAAACCAGAUGAGAAAUUACAUGAAGUAGUCACUGACAUCUUAAACUACAAAUUACGGUUAAGUGACUUGCAAGAACCGCACAAUACCUUAAAUGUUUGUCACCGGCUAGGGUCUUCCAGGCAGAAAACUCGCCCAAUCCUGGUGCGGUUCUUUAAAGUGGAACACCGUCAGCUCAUGUGGGAUGCCAAGAAGCUACUUAAGGGUACCGGCAUCACGAUCUCAGAAUUCUUGACCCAGCCUCGGCAUCAAGCUUUCCUUGCUGCUAGGAAGCACUUCAGCAUGAAGAAUUGUUGGACCAAAGAAGGUAGAAUAGUCAUUCUUUGUCCUGACAAAACCAGAAGAAAAAUUGAGACGAUGGGUGAGCUCAACGAGUUGGUGGUGCGUUUCCCCACCGGCAUCGUCGAGACCGCAGUCACCGAUCCUGAAUCACCUAGAGAUGUCCAGGAAGUCUCCAAAGCACAACGAUUUUAUGUUCCACCUUGGACCCUCGCUUCGCAACCUAUUACUACCUUGCGGCGAGUGGAAGCCCGACCGGAUCCUGUCUGGACUACCGGAAGCGUACCUGGGAAGGAGCAAGGCCGCCGCCAGAGCUACCCUCGGUUCUGGCCAGUGUUCCCAGUUUACUUCUACGACCUCCUGAUCUGGGUGUGA